AUGUUUGACAGUCUUUUUCUAAUGUUCUUCACAGCUGUGUGUGGUCUAGCUGCAUGUGUUCCUCGUCGAUUUCACUUUGUGAAUGAGAAUAAAACCUGGACUGAAGCUCAGAGCUACUGCAGAUGGAAAGACGCAGAUCUGGCCACCAUCAACAACAUGGAGGAGAUGAAGAAGCUGAAUACCACUCUUAAGAAACAUCUGAACGACACCCCCAGCAGCUCUGUUUGGAUCGGCCUAGUCAGAGGGGACACUGACCAAUGGCUGUGGUCUCUGGCAGAUGGAAACUUCUACAGAAAGGGAGACACUUACCGAAACUGGGCAAGUGGAGAACCCAAUAAUCUUGGAGGUGUCGAGAACUGUGUUGUGAUGAAGAAAAGUGACGGAACCUGGUUUGAUGACAGAUGUAGCAGCCUAUACACAUUUGUGUGCUAUGACGAAAAGAACACAAACAACGGAAAUUACAUAGUUUUUAUUUCUACCACAAAGACCUGGAGUGAGGCUCAGAGCUACUGUAGAGAGGAUUACACCGACAUGGCCAGUGUGAGGAACCAGACUGAGAACCAACAGAUCUGGAAUUUUGGAGUAAAUUCAUCGUAUGGCGGUCCUUGGACUGGCCUGUUUAGAGACUCCUGGAAGUGGUCAGAUCAGAGUGCCUCCUCAUUCCGAUACUGGGCAUCUACACAGCCGGAUAAUCAGGGUGGAAAUGAGAACUGUACUGCAGCGUCUAUGACUGACCAGGGUCACUGGUAUGAUAUGACCUGUGACAUAAAGUUGCCAUUCGUCUGCUUUGAGAAUAAGCUGAUCCUGAUCAAUCAGAAUCUGACCUGGAGAGAAGCUCUGAGAUACUGCAGAGAUCAUCAUGUGGAUCUGGUCUCAGUUCUCUCUGAGGAGAUCCAGCUCUGGGUGAAGGAGGUGGCACAGAAAGCCUCCACUGAACAUGUGUGGCUGGGUCUGCGUCACACCUGCACUCAGGGUUUCUGGUACUGGGUGAGCGGUUUUUCCAUCUGCUAUGAGAACUGGGCUCCAGGUAACGGGACAGGAGGAGAAGACUGCAGCUCUGUAGAGAGAACCGGAGCGGUGCAGUCUAGUGGAGGUCAGCAGUGGGUCAGCCUGCCUGAGGACCAGAAACUCAACUUCAUCUGCAUCACUUAUGAAGGUUAGUCAGUGGUUUUUAGAGGCCUGUACAGGAUGUCCAUGUUGAUAAAACCUCUAAUAUUUAUUUUCUUUCUGUUUUCCAACAAUGAAGACUGAGACCAGGCAUGCCUCUUCUGUAUCCAGCACCAGCGGAUCCAUGUCAGAAGAACAUCUUAUUAUGUUGUUAAUUAUUAUUAUCACUUUUAUUGCUUUAUAUAAUGGAGUGGUAAAUUACUAUG